ACGUCUCAGUGUUGGCACAAAAAAUGUUUUACAAAAAUCAAAUUAGAAUUGCAAAUAUGAACUUUUAUUCGUCAUCACUCUUGGAGAUACCGUUUUCGUAUCAUAAAAUCGGUUUGAUUUUAAAUACGUCGUGCGACAACUGGGAUUCUAUAUUCGAUAAUAUGGAUGAGAGUGUGAUGCUCAAGAAUUCUUUCAAGUGGUUUAUUAUCACAGAGAACUUGUUGGAAACCCGAAACGUAUUGAGUCAGUAUCCUAUAGAAAUCGAUUCUGACGUAAUAAUUAUUUAUAGAGAAGAGGAAAAGUUCUACCGAUUCUAUGAAGCUUAUACCACUGGGUUUUAUACCCAUGGGUCGUUCUAUGUCAAGCGAAUAGGGUACUGGAAUUCGUCGUUACAUUUGGAAGACAAGAGAAGGACGAAUUUAAGCGGCGUGUUGCUGAAAGCAAUGGUGGUAGUGACACAAAAGGUGGUCAACGAAACUUUCGAAGAUUAUGUGGAGAGGUCUAAACUGUCCAAAUCUGAUACGCUGCAUAAGUUGAAAUACGUCACUCUCCUCAAAUACCUACGACAUAUGUAUAAUUUCAGCUACGAAUUGAGCCGCACGAAUUCAUGGGGCUACCUCCACAACGGGAGUUUCGACGGGAUGAUUGGAACCUUGCAACGGAAUGAGACAGACAUCGGAGGGUCGCCGAUCUUCUUCCGUCUGGAGAGGGCCAGGGUAGUGGACGCGACCAUUGAAGUAUGGCAAUCCAGGCCAGUAUUCAUCCUGCGUCACCCGAAGCACCCUGGUGGAUACUUCAUGAUAUUUAUACGGCCCCUGACCAAUCGAGUGUGGAGCUGCAUCGUAAUGGUGCUGGCGGCAUCAUCUGCGAUCCUCUGCAUCAUGCUGAAGCUGAAGCCUUUGCGGGUCGAAGGAGACCACGGAGACUCUUCGAUUAGUCUUGCCGUUUUGGUUAUUUGGAGUGCCAUUUGUCAACAAGGCAGCGACAUUUCUAGAAGCUCAACAUCGAUCAAGCUCGUGAUGUUCGUCACAUUCGUCUUUGCGCUGACCAUCUAUCAGUAUUACAAUGCAACGGUCGUGUCUGGGUUGCUACGUGAUCCGCCAAAGACCAUCCGAACGCCCAAAGAUCUCUUGCGCAGUCAUCUAAAAGCUGGAAUACAUGAUGUACUGUACAACAGAGAUUUCUUUAAGCAUACAACAGACCCUGUAGCCUUAGAGAUGUAUGAGAAGAAGAUCGUAUCUGCGUCGGGAAAUAAUUUCUUUUCUUUAGAACACGGUAUGAUGUUAGUGAAGCAAGGCGGGUUUGCUUUCCUAGUCGACAAUUCUAUAGCGUACGGUAUAAUGCGUAACACUUUCAACGAGGCGGAACUGUGCGAGGCGCAUGAGGUGGCGCUCUACCCGCCACAGAACAUGGCAGCUGUGGUCAAGAAGAAAUCGCCGUACAAGGAACACUUCGCUUACGGGCUUCGCAAGAUGUUCGAGAGUGGUCUGAUGCGGCGUAUCAAGUCCGUGUGGGAUGAACCGAAGCCCGCGUGUGUGCACACUCCGGACACCAGCCUGAUAUCAGUAUCUGUGCGCGAGUUCGCCACGCCGCUCGUCGCGCUGCUCGCCGGAUGUCUCCUCGCCACACUCAUAAUGGCGUUAGAGAUAUUACUCCAUAAAUUCUACAAAAUACGUUUUAGUUUUAACUGAACAUUUAAUUAAAAUUUCUGCCUAAAAUCAACGUGUUACAUUUUUUUUUGGGUGGCUCGCCUAUUAAACGUGUGCAACAUUUUA